CGGUCUUCCUCUGGCCAGUGCCCACCCCACAUCGCCUUUUUUUUUCCAAGCACGAGUCUUCCGAUCGCUUUAUGACGUAUUAAAAUAGUGGCGGAAAUGAAUAAGGUGAGAGGACCAAGAUGGCGACUCCCUAUGUUUCCGAUGAGUCUGGGAAGUACAUUGCAGCAACUCAGCGACCAGACGGUUCCUGGAGGAAACAGAGAAAAGUGAAGGAGGGAUAUGUGCCGCAAGAAGAAGUACCAGUGUAUGAAAAUAAAUAUGUUAAGUUUUUCAAGAGCAAACCUUCUCUGCCUCCUGGUCUAACUGAAGCCGAUGCUACUACAGGCAAACCCCAGCAGUCAAUGCCAGAUAAUGAUACCACCUUGUCCAAAACAGCCAAGAGGAACAUGAAGCGCAAAGAGAAAAGGAAACAGGAGAAAGGGGAGCGUGAUCAGGUGGAAGAAACACUGCAAGAUCUGGAGAAUGUUAACAUUUCACAAACCCCUGUGCAAAAACAUGUGGCAUCAGCACAUAAAAAUGGCUCAGCAAGCAGUGACAACCCUGCAGCAGAAAAGGCCAAGAAAAUAAAGAACCUACGCAAAAAGCUUCGUCAGGUGGAGGAAUUACAACAGAAAAUAGACUGUGGGGAGAUCAAACAGCCAUCCAAAGAGCAGCUCGAAAAACUGUCCAGGAGGAAAGCUUUAGAGGAGGAGAUAGAGGACCUAGAGCUGGACUUAUAAAGCACAAGUUUGGGGAUGGCCUUCAUGUUCUGGAACAGGGACAUUCAACCAGCAGCAAUCCAGCCAUUAGUGAACUACAGUUACCCCCAUCUGUAUUUUAUGAGUUGUAGUUCCAACAACAGCUUAGAGGUGCUGGUUGUUAGUCUUUGUCUUAAAAUGUGGUAUGCCUUUAACCUAGUCUUCUGUCUGUCUUUUUCAUCCUGUUUUAGUGCAGUUUCUUUCAAGAUAGUGUUUUUGUGCUGAAAGACCUCCAUUAUGCCUUACUGCCACCCCAAAUGUAGAUCCUUCUCUCCUUUUUAUAUGAUCUGAAGUUGCCUUUAAAUAUAGUUUCAAGCCGAUUUUAGCCCACUAAAGGUUAAUUCAGUUUCAGAAAAUACAUCUUAAUAAAAGAUGUAUAAAGCCUUCAA